AUGAACUUUGAUAAAAAGUUUAUCAGUAUUAUCAAUACAUUAUUUUCGAUCCAGCAGGCACAUAUUACAGCAAAUGGCAAAAUUUCAGAACCUUUUAAAGUAGAAAGAGGUGUAAGACAAGGGGACCUACUAUCUUCUCUUCUAUACAUUAUAGCCUUUAACCCGCUGUUGAUAGCAUUACAACAAAGAAUUCGUGGUAUUUACAUUUCCAAUCAAGCCUUCAAACUUGCAGCUUAUGCUGAUGAUUUGACAGUUGGGAUUAGCUCUACAACAGACUGGUACAACCUUAUAGACACUAUUAAUAAAUACAAAAAAGCAUCAAAUGCCAAGAUCAAUAAACACAAAACUGUAUUAGUACCACUUACAGAAAAUGUACGCAGAAUCCAACUAAGAGAUGCAGAACACUUACAAGUACACAACACUAAUGAGCCGCUAACAAUUUUGGGAUAUGAGACCGAUACUACUGGUACCUCAGCUAAGAGUAGUUGGCCAAAACUAACAAAGAAAAUCAAGAAAAACUGUUUUAUGAAUAG